GUGCUGAUGGCGACGGGGGCGGCGUCCGCGGCGGACCAGGAAAUGGAGGUGCCACUGCGGUUCAGCACGGGCAAGCGUCAGCUCGACGCGGCGGCCGAAGUGGGCGAGGGCAACGACGAGCAGGAGCGGGCGAGCAAGGGUCGCAAAACGGAGGAGGAGGGCAACCAGGACAGGCGCCUCCUGAAGUCGGUCGCAAUGUUGCUCCUGACCAUUACGCGAGAGGUGUCGGAGCUCAUGUCAGCGGUCUUCCUGCGCCGCGAGCUCCCAGCAGACGGAGGCUGGGCAUCCGCGCUCAUCAAGACGGGCAGAGAUUACGAUAACGAGAGCAAGCGCCUCCGCAAAGAGAAGCAGGGGGGCAAUGAG